AGCCAGAACGUUGGUCCCCGCGUUUUCAUUGCUGCUUUAUACUUUUAUAAAGAAAGAGAGGAGAAAAUGGACAAACGGAAGAAUCAACCCUGGAAGGGUGGUCCCCCUUCUAAGAAAAACAAGCAAGAUGAUGAUGGAGAUGAUCCAUCAACCUUUGAAAGUGAGUUGGCCAUGCUGGAGGAUAUGGAGAAUGAUAUGAUGCAAGAGUCAGAAUCACAAGAAAUAUUGGGAGAGGGCCCAGAAUAUAUGACAACAUCUGUGAAAUGGUCCCGUCCACCUCUGCCUUCUAUAGACCCCAAGAAAGAUACAAUAAUCUUCCAACAGUUGGAUUUAGAUCAUUACACAGGCACCCAUUUUCCUGGAAUGCCAGGUUCUACAAAAGGCCCAGUGCCCAUAGUCAGGAUGUAUGGCAUCACUAUGGAAGGGAACAGUGUUAUGGCUCACAUCCAUGGUUUUGCUCCAUACUUUUUUGUUCCUGCACCAGAUGGAUUUAAAAUCUCACAUGCUGAAGACUUCAGGCAAGCGUUAAAUGAGGCUGUGGUUAAAGAUAUGCGCUCCAACAAGGACAACGUGGUAGACGCUGUGCUAGCAGUAGAGCUAGCCACAAAAGAAAAUAUAUAUGGAUUCCACACAAAUGGGAAGAGAGAUUUCCUGAAAAUUACCGUGGCCUUGCAGAGACUAAUUGCUCCAGCCAAAAGAAUUCUUGAGAUGGGAUUCUCUUUUCGUGGCUUUCCAAAUCAUGGGUAUUCUACUUUUGAAAGCAACAUUGAUUUUGAGAUCAGGUUCAUGGUAGACACCAAAGUAGUGGGAUGCAACUGGAUAGAAGUCCCAGCAAGAAAGUACUCUGUGCGCAAGAGUGGUGAUGCCAUAAAACCCACCUCUCGCUGCCAGCUGGAACUGGACGUAUCCUGGGAAAACUUUAUUUCACAUGCCCCAGAGGGAGAAUGGUCCAAAGUGGCACCCUUUAGAAUUCUCAGUUAUGAUAUUGAAUGUGCUGGCAGGAAAGGCAUCUUCCCGGAACCUGACAAGGACCCUGUAAUUCAGAUAGCUAACAUGGUCAUCAAACAAGGGAGUAAGGACCCCUUCAUCAGGAACGUGUUCACUCUCGAUACCUGUGGCCAUAUUGUGGGCUCACAGGUGCUGUCAUAUCAAACAGAGGAAGAGAUGUUGAAGAAAUGGUCAGACUUCAUCAGAGAAGUGGACCCUGACUUAAUAACAGGCUACAAUAUCCAGAACUUCGAUAUGCCGUAUCUGAUGAACCGUGCCAGACAUCUCAAGGUGAAAGACUUCCAUUACCUGAGCCGUAUCAAGGACAAGGAGUCCACUGUGAAGGAGGCAAUGUUCCAGUCCAAGCAGAUGGGAAAGAGAGAGAAUAAAGUAGUGAACACUGAAGGAAGGAUACAGUUUGAUUUGCUGCAGAUUUUGCUGAGGGACUACAAGUUGAGAUCUUACACCCUGAAUGCAGUCUCUUAUCACUUUCUACAAGAACAAAAGGAGGAUGUUCAGCAUUCAAUCAUUACAGAUUUGCAGAAUGGCAAUGAGCAGACGAGACGAAGGUUGGCUGUGUACUGCUUGAAGGAUGCAUAUCUUCCACUGCGACUCCUGGAAAAACUGAUGUGUGUUAUCAAUUACAUGGAGAUGGCCAGGGUCACUGGGGUGCCGCUGACAUAUCUGCUCACCAGAGGGCAGCAAAUUAAAGUCAUUUCGCAGUUGUUGAGAAAGGCCAAAGAUACAGCCUAUGUUAUUCCUGCCAUGAAACCAGAGACGGGAGAUGAAUAUGCAGGAGCAACAGUCAUUGAACCUAAUAAAGGAUACUAUGAUGUUCCUAUAGCUACCCUGGAUUUUUCCUCCCUGUACCCCUCCAUCAUGAUGGCCCACAACCUGUGCUACACCACUCUGCUGAGGAAUCAACAGGUUAUACAGAGAGAGGGACUGACUGCAGAGCAGUAUAUUAAAACACCAUCAGGGAAUUUCUUUGUAAAGCAGUCAGUAAGAAAGGGUCUGCUUCCAGAGAUUCUUGAUGACCUGCUGAGUGCAAGAAAAAGAGCCAAGAAUGACUUGAAAAAAGAAACAGACCCUUUUAAGAAAAAAGUGCUUGAUGGGCGACAGCUUGCUUUAAAGAUCAGUGCCAACUCUGUGUAUGGCUUCACUGGGGCACAAGUUGGGAAGCUGCCCUGCUUGGAAAUAUCUCAGAGUGUGACUGGUUUUGGACGGAUGAUGAUUGAACAAACAAAGAACUAUGUGGAGGAGCACUAUACUGUUGAAAAUGGCUACCCUGCAAAUGCUAAGGUUAUUUAUGGAGAUACAGAUUCUGUGAUGUGCAAGUUUGGAGUCAAGACUGUUGCAGAAGCAAUGAAGCUUGGGCAAGAGGCAGCUGAUUUAAUAUCUGAAAAGUUUAUCAAACCUAUUAAACUGGAAUUUGAAAAGGUUUAUUUCCCUUAUCUUCUUAUCAACAAGAAGAGGUAUGCAGGGCUUUACUUUACCCGACCUGAAAUUCACGACAAGAUGGAUUGUAAGGGAAUUGAAACAGUAAGGAGGGACAACUGUCAACUGGCAUCACACCUUAUCAGCACCUGUCUUCAGAUGUUAUUAAUUGAGAGGAAUCCCAAUGGUGCUGUAGAACAUGCCAAACAGGUGAUAUCUGAUCUCCUGUGUAACAGAAUUGACAUCUCCCAACUGGUUAUCACAAAGGAACUUGCCAAGACAGACAGUGAAUAUUCUGCCAAGCAGGCACAUGUGGAAUUAGCUAAUAGAAUGAAAAAAAGAGAUGCAGGCAGUGCUCCUAACCUGGGGGACAGAGUUCCAUAUGUUAUAAUUGCUGCUGCCAAGGGAACUCCAGCAUAUAUGAAAUCUGAGGAUCCAAUCUAUGUGCUAGAGAACAACAUACCAAUUGAUACACAAUAUUAUCUGGACAAUCAGUUGUCUAAACCACUGCUCAGGAUAUUUGAGCCUAUCCUUGGCGAAAAGAAGGCAGAAUCUGUUCUCCUAAGGGGAGAUCACACAAGAACAAAGACUAUGAUAAUGUCCAAAGUUGGAGGAUUGUCUGCAUUUACCAAGAAGAGAAGCACAUGCAUAGGAUGCAAAGCUGUUUUGGAAAAAGAAGGAAUUGCAGUUUGUAAACAUUGCAAAAGUAGGGAAUCUGAAAUUUACCAGAAGGAAAUUUCAAUGGCCAAUGCUCUUGAGGAGAAAUUUGCACGUCUCUGGACACAAUGCCAAAGAUGUCAAGGCAGUCUGCAUGAGGAUGUCCUGUGUACAAGUUGUGACUGUCCCAUAUUUUACAUGAGGAAAAAAGUUCAAAAAGAUUUGGCAACCCAGGACAAGUUGCUUCAGAGAUUUGGCCCCCCAACCUGGUGAGGGCAGACACAAUGGAAACAGUUGGCAUCACUAGAGAAAUACCAAGUAGACUGUUAAACAGCUUGUGUACUUUGUAAUUGCAGCUUUUCUGAAAAGUGAAAGGACAUUAAACUUGCUGUUCUGUACAGAUAGGUGUGAACAGAAAGGUGUGAACAAAAUCACUAAAAUUCAUUUCAUUUGAGAAGUAAUUGAAAGUACAUUAACCAUGUAGCUAUUCACCAACAAUGACCGAAAAUUAAAAAAAUUACAUCAGGUGUUUAUAUUUGCACUCUGAUAUUGCACUGCCUGGCUAUUAAGGAUAUCAAACUGUAUUUUUAGAACUGUGAUGUUGCCAGAUACAUUUGUCACAGGGUAUGAUCAAUAUUUUACAUCUUCUUUAUAUUGGCAAUAUUAAAUAAUCCAGCUGUUUUUGUAGACUUGA